GAUAAAGGAGCGCUCACUGCUCCCGCUCGCUCUCCGGCGGGGCUGAGGGAAGCAUCAUGGCCGCGAAGUCGGACGGGCGGCGGAAGAUGAAGAAGGGCGGCGAGGUGGCGUUCACGCCGCUGCAGAACUCCGAGCACUCGGGCUCCGUGCAGGCGCUGGCCCCGGGGCUGCCCUCCGGCGCCGGGCCGGGCGGCGGCAGCGACGACGACGAGGCGCCCGGGGGCGGGUGCUGCAGCGGCGGCGGCGGGGACGGCUCGGGCGGCGGCUCCCGCUGCUGCUGCUGCUGCUGCUGCGGCGGCAGAGGUGGAGACGGCGGUGGGGGUGGCGGCGGGGGCUCCCGGGGCUCAGGCGGGGGCUCGUCCUCCUUGUGCCUGCGGCUGGGCAGGGAGCAGCGGCGCUACUCGCUGUGGGACUGCCUCUGGAUCCUGGCCGCUCUGGCCGUGUACUUCGCGGACGUGGGCACCGACAUCUGGCUGGCGGUCGAUUACUACCUGCGGGGCCAGCGCUGGUGGUUCGGGCUCACCCUCUUCUUCGUGCUGCUGGGCUCCCUCUCCGUGCAGGUCUUCAGCUUCCGCUGGUUCGCGCACGACUUCAGCACCGAGGACAGCGCCGCCGCCCGCCCCGGGCACUGCCCGCUGCCGAGAGCAAGCUUGGUGAGCAGCGGCUCGGCCGCCGCGGACAUCGACGCCGCCCGGCCCUGCACGCCGCAGCGGCAGGCGUCCACCGCCAGCAAGAGCAAUGCCACCAACAGCAGCACCAACAGCAGCAGCAACGCCGCCGGCAGCGGCGCCGCCGGUCCCCGCGCCGGCAGCGGCAGGUCGGCGUCCUGCGCCUUCUGCAUCUGGCUCCUGCAGUCGCUCGUCCACAUCCUGCAGCUCGGGCAGGUCUGGAGGUAUUUCCACACAAUAUACUUGGGCAUCCGGAGUCGACAGAGUGGAGAGAAUGACAGAUGGCGGUUUUAUUGGAAAAUGGUGUAUGAGUAUGCAGAUGUGAGUAUGCUGCAUUUGCUAGCCACGUUUCUGGAAAGUGCACCACAGCUGGUCCUGCAACUCUGUAUUGUUGUACAGACUCGUACACUCCAGGCUCUCCAAGGUCUUACUGCUGCAGCAUCUCUCGUAUCUCUGGCUUGGGCUUUGGCUUCUUACCAAAAGGCCCUCCGUGACUCCCGUGAUGACAAGAAACCCAUCAGUUAUAUGGCUGUUAUAAUCCAGUUUUGCUGGCAUUUCUUCACAAUUGCAGCAAGAGUCAUUACUUUUGCUCUGUUUGCCUCAGUUUUCCAGCUGUACUUUGGGAUCUUCAUCGUGCUGCACUGGUGCAUCAUGACCUUCUGGAUCGUCCACUGCGAGACAGAGUUUUGCAUCACUAAAUGGGAGGAGAUAGUUUUUGACAUGGUUGUUGGGAUAAUCUAUAUAUUCAGCUGGUUCAAUGUCAAGGAAGGAAGGACACGCUGUAGGCUUUUCAUUUACUAUUUUGUGAUCCUUUUAGAAAACACAGCCUUGAGUGCUCUCUGGUAUCUCUACAAGGCCCCACCAAUCUCUGAUGCAUUUGCCAUACCAGCACUGUGUGUAGUAUUCAGCAGCUUUUUGACAGGCAUCGUUUUUAUGCUAAUGUACUAUGCCUUCUUUCACCCCAAUGGACCAAGGUUUGGGCAGUCGCCAAGCUGUGCUUGUGAGGACCCUGCCACUGCCUUCACCCUACCCUCAGAAGUGGCCACAAACACUCUGCGGUCCAUCUCCAACAACCGGAGUGUCACAAGCGAGCGGGAUCAGAAAUUCGCAGAGAGGGAUGGGUGUGUGCCUGUGUUUCAGGUGAGACCCACUGCACCAUCCACACCUUCAUCCCGGCCACCAAGGAUUGAGGAAUCUGUCAUUAAAAUCGAUCUGUUCAGGAACAGGUACCCAGCGUGGGAGAGACACGUGCUGGACAGGAGCCUGAGGAAGGCGAUCUUAGCAUUUGAAUGUUCUCCUGCUCCUCCACGGCUACAGUAUAAAGAUGAUGCCCUUAUCCAGGAGCGCUUGGAAUAUGAAACCACAUUGUAAGCAAAACAGAAACACAGCUUGAAGAAGCUCCAACGUUACAGUCCAAGUUAAGGGUUGACCAUAGGGCUGUAGGAAUAACUAAACUGAGUACUACAAGUAGAGCAGCAAGCUGUAGUGUUCUUAGUCUGGCUAUCAUCAUGAUUAUCAUUUGAUCCACUGUGUGCAGUCUAUUUGCAGGACACUGAUACAGCAGCAUCACUUGAAAGCCUCAAAAAAACCCAAACCUGACCCACACAUACAGAUCAGUUACUUCAGCUGGGGAAACUCACCCGCGACUCCAUGCUGCUAUGACACUCUUGACUGCACAGUACUUACAAUCAACCCAGUAGGAAGGCUCAGACCAGAGCUUUCAACUUCAGCCAGUAGUGCAUUUUAUUUUAGAAAUGAAUGAUUGAUAUUUGCAUAAUCAACAGAAAAAACAAACAAACAAAAACUUUUUCAAAAAUAAUGAAAGUGUAGCACACAGUGUUGCUGUUAAGAAGACUGUUUUCUAGGGAAAAAAUAGGAGCAUAGUAGUCUUCAACACUCCCAUAAAUCAACCAUUCAGGUUAGAAUAGGUCUGCAAAUAGUUCUUGAUUAAAAAAAUACAUCGUCAUGUUUGUAAGGCUGUCAAUGGAAAAUAAACUAAAUUCUGAUUAAUUAGGUCAUAAACAUUAAUACUACCAGAACUAUUUGUUUUCUGUGGAAUUUCAAAGUCUUUUUAAAUGCAAUUCAAGUUCUUGGUGUUACUUACAACAGAAAUCCUAUGCAGCUCACUUCUGGUUUUCAGGAGAAAUAAGGAGCUCUAGCACGUAGUGAUGUAAAUUAAAUGAUAAUCAUGAUUCAGUAUUCAAUUUGCAAAAAAAAGAAAAGUUAUAUAUAUAUAUGUAAAAGAAUAGGGAAGUAUAGUUUUCGUAUUCUAAACUUUUUGGAGGACCCCACUCAGAUAUAUCGGAAGAAACAACAAAGAGAUGAACACACUGAAACUUCUCUUUUUCAGGACUGACAAUGCAUGAUUCAGUGUGUGAAUGUAUGCAGGGGUGACAAGAGACUGUGACAUGCCAUACCCUUCUAGUGCCAAACAUUGUAUAACUGCAAAGUUGCUAUUGCCUGAGGGACAGGUAACAAGUGGCACAAGCCCUACCAGAACAAGAAGCAGGAAAGACCAAUCAAGUUCUCAGCGUGUAAAGACAGCUCUGUUUUUCUCACCCAAGGUGAAAGUGAUGUCUUUUAAAGGCUUUCAGCCACCUCUUAGUAAGUAUAUUCACUGAAGUAUAAUCUAAGCAAGUUAUGUGGAAGACCCUCUUCUGCCUGUUCAAGACUUGUGUCCAGAUAUGUCUAAAAAUUAGGUUGAAUCUCUUGUAAUAGAGUGCUUUUGCUGCAAGCUUUUGGGUUUUAAAUACCUCCCUAAAUCUAGUCAGUGGUAUCCUCCUUUAUGUUAAAAGUAUCCCCUGAUGGUGCUUUCAAAUGCGUUAAAGGUGCAAGUCAAAAUUUGAUAGUAUUUUUUUUAAAGCUGGUGCAGAGUGAAAAACUCAUUAAUUAUUUCAAUAUUUUUGUAAAGUAAAAAUAUGAUAUCAACAGGUUACUUUUUAUAAACCUCAAAUCUUUUAAUACAUUUCAUUCUCUUUAUAGCUUAGAUUUUAAGAAUUGGUCCAUGAAUUUUAUCAACUGGCUUCUGCAGGUUGAUAUAAAACCUGUUUUCACACAUUAUGGGUUUGUUUUGCAGUGUAAUGCCAUAUGAAAGCCUACAUGGGUACUUUUAGAAUACUCUAUAAACCAUGGAUCCUGCUUCAACUGUAAGUGGCUUGUAAAGACACCAAGCGAUUCCGUAAGAAACAAUUUGCUUUAACUAUUUCCAUCCGUUUUAGGAGAGCGAAGCAGAACUGAAGAGUUACUGUUGUAAAUGGCAUUGUCAGGAUGGAGAAGACCUGAUGAUUGGUAUUGUAAUCUUCACUGUCAGAUAUAUCCAGUGUAGUCACUGCUGUAUAUGCUGCUGGGUAAAUUUCAGUCUUUCUUAUUAUUAAUAUUUGUACUAUGAAAUGGCCGAGGUUACACAGCCUAUGUUUCUUUGUAUAAGUUCAAUUAGCCAUUUUUAAUGUUGCCUUUUUUUAUUAGUGAAAUGUUCAAUACCUGUUGUUCUUUGCUGGGGCGAGAUCCUCAAAACAAAACAUCUGUGAAAGUGCAGGAAUCUGCAAGGCAGAGGGAACUUUACACAGAUCAGAAAACACCCAUGCUUCAAGGGUUUCUUAGGUAUUUUCAAAUUAAGCAGUGGUCAGCUGCAUCUAUAAUAAUUUUUUAAAUAAAAAAAUUCUUUGAUAGUCCAAACCUGAAGCUUUGUACAAAGUGAUUGCCCUUUCCUCCAUGGAGAUAGAGAAAACCACUCAUAUUUUGUCAGAAAAUAUACCACUGCAAGAACUGCAAAAAAAAGAUUUUGGGAGCAAGUCCUUUGUCCCAUCAAAUUCAGAAGAGCCUUCACUCCAGAAUCAAAUGCUAGCUCACACAAGGAAAUUGCUGUUUUCCUUUACAAACAAGGCACAUGUUAAAUUUUGUAAUCCAGGAUGUGAGGGUUUCUUUUGGAAAAGGUUCGAUAUGUUUGCUGCUGGUUUUAUUUUUUAAUUUUUCUUUUUUAAUAAUGUUUGUAAAAAUGUUUCUCCUAAGCAAACUACUGCAGGGUCUGAGUGCACAGUGCCGUACGUGGCACUAAAUAUGCACCCUUCGUCUUCAGAAUUCAAUCUGGCUGUUUGAGGAAGAGGGAGAAGUCGUUUUAUACUGAGUCAAAAUUUGCUCUCCAAAAUCUUGCUCUGUUGCAUUCGUAACAUCAGUGAUACUUGCACUGAGAACAGGGUGGCCAUUGAAAUCCUAACGCUUAGAUGACUGCAUGGACAGUUUCUCAAUUUGCAUUGCUGUGAAUAGUCGCAUUAAAAGCUGUAAGAAUUUUUUUAUAGAUAUAGUCAAGAUUCAACAUAGUCCACAUUGAAAUUCCAUGAUGGCCUUAUGGACAGUUAAUAUUCAAUAUGCACUAUUCUUUUUACUGCAGACAGUUUUAAAAUCAAUAAAGUUCAAUAAAAACAGCAAUAGCAAAAAAAAAAAAAAGAAAAAAAUUAACUUCUGCUUCUGAAAUAAUGAAAAAAUCAGGUCUUUUAAAUUUCAUUCCACAAUACACGAGACUAGAAAAGUUCAUAAGUAUAUUCUGGUAAGGAAAAGCAAUCAAUCACAUUUCUUUGGUAGAAGUAAGAAUUAUGAAAGCAUUGUUCUAAUGAACCAAAAAAAUUUGCCAGCAGAUUUAAUGGUAACUGGUUAAAGACUUGGUCCUAAAAUUUUGAGAGUUCUGGAUUUGUAUGGUACAGAAAAGACAAUUUAACUAAUAUUCACUACUCUAAUUAGAUGAAGGAGAGGUUAAUGCAUAUCCAUGUUCAUUCAGAAAACAUAUAAGAAAAUGUAAGAUAAACCUUUUAUCUUAUUUUAAAACAAAAAUUAUUUGUUCUGUAAUAGGAUAAUUUAAAAAAUAUAUAUGAAUUCUUUGAAAAUAUGUGCAAUACUUUUUUUCCUGCAUAUUUAAUAAUGAAAAAACUCAUUUCCACUUUUGUUUAUCUCAAUUUAAAUAUGCUUCUUGUGCUAGAACAAUGUUUCUGUGCUUGAGUUAUAUGGGCUUGAUGGCAUAUAAGCAAUAUUUUCAUUGGCAAAUCAACAAAUUUUCUAUCGAGAAAUUUCUAUAACAUUGGAGAAAAUUUUCCUUCCAAAAUUAAAUGCUAGGCCUCAGCUGCCUGAUUUUGUAAACUUUUAAACAGAGGAGGUAAAUUAAAGUUUUAUUGGAAUUGCAAUUAUUAAUAUAUGGUGUAUAGCUAUUAAAUCCAAAUUGAUUUAGUCUAGCUAAUAUAUCAUCAUCUCCCCAAAAGAGCAAUUCAUGAGUGAUACUGAAAGUAUGAGUGCUGCUUUAUUUGGAAAGAUACUCCCAAUCACACAGUGUAUUCAUUUACUUUUUAUUGGCCAGCAAAUAUUCACAACUAGCCUGUUGGGUUUUUUUAGAACUCAAACAAUCUUGAAGUGUUUGUGAUUUGAUCAUACAACUCCUUAAGAGCUUUAAAAGUGUCAGUGUACUGAGUUUUAAUUGGCUCUGCCAGCAAUUCAGCUUCCAAAACCACUGCCUUUUCUCUGCUCUAUCCCUGAAGUCAUGCAGUCUGGAGUGACUGAGGUGCUGUGAUUUGCUCUGCACCCCCUGCACUGCCUGCAAAAUGCCAAGGAAAAGACUUCAGCAGGUUGCUGGGGUCCUACUGCUGCCUCUCUUUCUCCUGUGCACGCAGAGAAGCAGAGUAAAUUGCAUUUGUGCAUCCAUCUAAACAAGCUUAUUUAGGUUGAGUCCCUGCAAGAGUUGCGUGAUAAAAAUAAUCACAACACGUGUCCAGGAAUUUACAAGCCCCACACUGUAAUUACUGAUUCUGUAGCAUAACAAUGCAGAAUGUGGGAAGAAUUGUCUAAAUACACAAUAAGCCAUUUAAUUUUGCUAAUUGUAGCAAUUAGACUAGCUCUCAUGAAGCCCAUGCUCUGAGCAGAAAGCCAAAUGGAGUAAGUGGCAAACAGCCAUUUAUAUACCAGAGACACCAUGUUAUGAAAUCCUCUCUUGAUUGCUUAUGGAACCAUGUCUUUCUAUUAUGACGUUGAAUCCAUUUCUCUUUAUUCUGAUAAAAUAGAUAAAAUGCAAAAUGAGAACAGAUUCUUUUAAAUCUGUAAAUUAACUCACAACAGAUUUCUGCAGUUCAUAUAGUGGGGUUUUUUUGUUUGGUUUUUUUUUCUUUUUUUGAAACAAAUUCCAUCAUCAUUUUCACUUGGCUGCAAAUUGCUGAGUGAUCUGCUUCUGAAAUGAUUCCUCACAUCUGGUAUGAGCAGAUUUCAUUACAGGAGAGAUGGACAUGACCUUAUAAAGCCUUGCACACGCAAGGUUAGGGGAAUAGUGUCAUUGAUCUACAGGUCAUUUACAAAGCUUUUUUUUAUCACUUGAGGGGUCCCCUGGGACCAUUUGUUUUACUACAGGGACCUCACUGCAGGUAUUUAGUGGGAUUUCUUCACAGUUGCACUGGUAUGAAUAUAAGAAAAUCAGGAUCUUGGCCUUGAGUGAAUAACCACGUGGAUUCAGACCAUGGUAGUGGAAGUCUUCACUUCCUAGCUCCUAACUGAAGUCAGCUGGAGACACGCUUCAUACCAAAAAGCCUGAAUAUCACUUGGCUCAACCAGAAAUACAUCCUCUAAACGUAGUGCUAACAUUUCUUCUUCUUUACUUCUUACUUCAAACAUUUAAGAAUAUACAUACCCAUUUUGACCAAAUUGUCAUUUUGUGAUCAUUUUAAGGAGAUUUUGAAAAAUGUCUCUGAAACCAGUCAUUUCCAGUGAUGCAAAAGCCAACUGCUGACCAGUGCAUUCAUUAAAAGGAACUCUUUCUAAACACAUAAGCUUGGUUCCUGUACUUAUGUUUUUUUUCUGAAUGCUUACCAUUUAAUUCUUACGCAGAGGAUCUUAUAUACCCAUUCGUAAGCCAUGUGCCUACUCUGAAUCCUGGAGCAAAGAGGAGAGAUAUACAAGAUGCGGGGGGAAAAGUCCUCUUCAGCACAUUUAUGGAGUGAUUUGCAUGAGCUAGAGAGGUAAGAGAGAAGCUUACAACAGAGUUAUUGAUCCUGUAUACAUCGAUAGAGAUUUACAAGGAAUUGUGAGAUAAGUGGCCAACUAAUAGAUCAAAUCUAAACUUCUACAUGCAAGGCACUGUAAAAUAAAAACAGCCAAGAAACUUUAAAGUGUAAGCAAAAAUCUCAUUUCUAAGAAUCAUUGGGAUAAACUUAAAAAUGUAUCAGAUUUGACAAUAUAACUACAUGCUACGUUAGUAGAAAGACAUGACUGCUAUGGAUACAUACAUUUUUUAUAUCUGUAGAUUCCAGGCUCUUAUUUCAGGCAUCUUUGGAAGCAAUUGCUGCUGGAUCUUCCUUCUGGGCAUGCUGUAGCCCUAGGCAUUCUAGCAGCUUUUCUACACAAGAUCUGUUUUGCUGUAGGAAAUUCCACAUCCUUUAAAAAAAGCAUAGGGCUUGGGGUUUUCUUUGCAUUGAACUAAACCUCACAAAAGCAUUUUAGUGUGAAAUAAGGUGUGUCCAUUCAGCCACCUUGUGUGUAAGAGGUACUGCAAAACAGAAUUUCACAGAUAAGUGAUUUCCUCAAGGUAAAUAAACUGCUAGUUGAAUGUCUCGAAAAGCUUCCAGAGAUGUAACACAGUUCUAAGGCAAGACAUCGGCUGUGUGUGGGUGCUAUUGAGUCCACUCAGGGCAAGGCCUGCUCAUAGUCCAGCACAUUCUUCCCUAACCUCAUGCAUUGAAGAACCCACAGAGAGGAAAACCAUGUGCAUAGGACAAGAGCCACCACACGCGGGGACCAGAUACCUGGCAUGCUGCGGCACACAUGCAGAGGUCAGUGCAGGCACACCAGGGGCCUCAAGCUAUACUGUGAUCCUCCAAACUGCACUAACCAGGAGCUCCUGAACAUUUUGUGCUAGGCGUUCAAGCGCCUAAAAUUUGGCUCCUGGACGUGAUCUUCACAGAACAGAGUAUUUUAGCUCCUGUGUCCUACCUGAGCCUGCCAGAAUCCCCUGAGCAGUAUUCUGCCCAUCGCAGCUGAAGAAAUCGGGUCCUCUGGGGUGCUAUCAUAUGGACCUUUACACCAAAAUACUCAUGACUGCUUUUCCAGCAGUAGAUUUGUGGUAAGCAGAGACCAAGGGGAGAGCCAGGCUCAGUUACCUCUUCAGCUAGCAAUGAUUCAUAUCUCUAGGUACUAUCUCUCAGGGGAAGGUUAUAGGGCUGCACACUACUGAGGAGAAGGGCGUGCUCUCUCCCUCUUAUUCUGAGGCUGUUCUUCCUCUUUAUGAAAAAUCUAAAGGUUAUCCUGUGCAAUGCAGAUAUACUUCUCUUAAUGUGAUGCAUUCGGUCCCCUUAGUAUUGAGGACCAAAGUUGUUGCACACAUCCAGUGCCAUUGCCUGCGUCCAGCCCAAAUAAUGUCUACAGUAAACACUCGGGGCAGGUGCAAAAUCACACUGCUCACCUUCCAACCUGACCAAAAGCUGUAUGAACAUGGUUAGCACUGUGACAAAGUCUGAACCUCUACACGCUGCCUUGCAUCAGGUCUAUUAAUGCUCUGUGUGCUACUCUGGCCACGUUCACUUGGUUUCUCACUGGAACUCAGGCAGACUUUGUGUGUGCACCAGAGCUACACCAUGUAGCUUAUCCUUUGUUCCCUGCGCCCUUGGUGCACUCCCUUUGGAAUCCCAGUUCUUAUGCCAAACAAAAAUCAGUUUGGGCUAAGUGAAGAGCAAAAAGGCUGUAUGCUGGCUUGUAAAAAGGCUGUAUGCUGGCUUGUAAAAAGGCUGUAUGCUGGUUUACAAAAAGGCUGAAGCAUGUGGAGCAGACAUGGUUUCUCUGGAUGGUACAUUUGAACCGCAGCUGUGUGCAAAUUGCUGAGGUUAUGGUGAAUGCAAGAAGUAAGUUCAAUGUCCAUAGUUUGGAGCAUGAUAUAAAGAGUACUCUCUGUGAAAGUGUUUGUUUUUCUCAUAAUAAAAAUGGCAGGAUCAUAUCCCAUACUUGGGAACAAAUUUACAAUAUCAAAUGCAUUUCUCUAUAUAUACAUAUACAUAUGUGUUUGUGUGUAUAUACGUAUGACAGUGAGUCCUGAGAUUCUAUUAAGAUUUGAUCUUACAGUUCGUUCACAUUCGAAGCCUAGAAAAAAAGCAUCAGGAGCAUCGUCAUCAAGGGUAAUCAAGAGCUAGCUGCAGAAAGAAAAGAACAAUAUUGCAAAACACAUUCCAGUCAUUAUUGGAGGCAGCUUUGCAAUGUAUUAUGCCAGCACUUUAAUGAAAAGCUGUGGAGGAAAUAUGUCUAAUGCUAUAUUUCAUCAUCUUAAACAUUUAGUAAAAGAAUAGAAGGGGGAGAAGAUUUGCGCAAAAUAAAUAAGGAUUUAUCACAGUUAAUCAAAGAAAAAAAUAGGCAAAUGGCAAAGGGAUCAAUUAAACCUUUAUUUCUUUUAAUGUUGGUUGUAUUUGUUUCACUGACUAUCAGUUAUCAACAUCAGUAGUUUAUGAAGGAAAUAACCUGCAAUGAUUAGAAUGGUCUACUUGAAUUUCAACUGAAAAACACUGAAGAGUGCUUGUUAUCCAACACCGAAGCAGUUGCCUGAUACAUGCUGUCAGAAGGAAAGAUUUGCUAGUUCAUGGAUUAUGUACUGGAGAUAAAUUUCAGAAGCAUGUAUUUGAAAACAAUAGCCCUGUCAAUUUAAACGUAUCAUGCAUACACCAUUGCUAUUUCUGAAAUUUUAAUCACUGAUACUAUUUUCAGUAUGUGUUCUGCAUUAUUAUCUGUGUGUCCCAGAUUGGUUUUUGGACAACAUUUGAUAAGGAUUGAUUUUAAAUUUUAUGAAGCUGAGGAAAAAAUUUCUAACCAGUGAAGGCAUUUCCUGCACUGAAGUUCAAGGUUAUGUCCUGAGUUCCUGACCUGAGUCACCAUUCAGCAUUAAAGAUGUUGUUUGGAAAAAUAUAGUAACUUUUUAACAGGAUCAGAGGUAUGGACAGAUAGGUCUAAAAUUGUCACAGAGACUGGGUCAGUACUGCACUAGGAAAGUUCAAAAGUAGUCACUAAUGACUACACUAAUGACUCCCGAAGUUGUUCCCUGCAUUUCCAUUUUGGGACACACGUAGCCUUCCUGCUGGCCAGUGUCCACAUGUGCUGCAAUCCAUCCUGGCGCCGGCACCGCAGGCAUUUGCCUUUGCUGAAAGGGAAGACAAAGUGGGCAGCUUGUUUCCAGCUCCAGUUCCCUCUGGGUUAUCAAGCUGGCCCACAGGAGAUAUUUCACUGAGAACACUUUAGCCAUCGGUGAGAUUGCUGCACCGAUCUGGGCAGGACUUAGCCUUUAGACAGCACUAUAUGGACAAUGAAAAAUCUUCCUUUGUCAGCAGAGGGGGCAGCUGCCGCUAUUUAUAGUCACAAAGUACCAGCAUACUGUCAUGUACUUGUGGCUGCCAUCGAUUCCUCCUUUUUUAUUUUAUUGGAACAGCUUGGAACUUGUCAAACUUUGCUUAGGUUGACUUGCAGCUAAUUAAUUCAACAGACAUUUUUAAUCUUGCAAAUUUGUGACUUGUAAUACGCUAAUCAAGCUCCCAUGAGCAAACAUUAAUCAGUUAGGGGGGAAAACCAGAAAGCUGUUGUUAGCUAUGUUCAGCAUGGUGCCCACACUGGAAAGAGUGCCCUAGAAGAAAUACAACAUUAGUAAAUUCAUCCUACGUAAGUUUUCAUCAUUCAUCUCAUGAAUCAUUCAUCCAUUUGAUUUGUUUUGUACAUACAAGGAGUUGUAUUUACAAGAGGAUUGCUGGGAUUAAGACAGCUCUCAUUACCAUCGAUGGGGAACUGGACAAAUUUCCUUCUGGUCAUCUAUAUCAACAAAGAGUUGUUCUGCCCAGCAGCAGUACAGUUUAAUUUCUGAGAUUACUGUGCUGGUUGUGGAAGAGUGUAUCCUGGAGAAAUGACUGUAACAAAACACAUUUAGCAAUAGCACUAAUAACUGGGUGAUCGACUGGAGAAAAUAUUUUAUUCAUUGCUCUUGACACGCAGGUGGAUUUUAGAUGUUUUGACAUUAAGCAGAAGGGAAAAAACACAUAAUGUUGCCUAUACCAAAGCAAAGUAUUUAAGUCCUUUUACAAGCAGUAAGGAUGUAGGUUAGUACACUUGCAAUUUAUAAAAAUCGGUAGGAAUGAGUGAGUGGUUUAAUAUUUAACCUAACUCUGGUACUUGGAGGAACACAGUUUCAGCAACAUGGAACUCAGCAAGAGCUUACAGCUUGGCUGUACCCUCUCCUGGAACAGAGUUUUCAAGCAGAGUGCUGUCAGAGCCCCCUUUGGUCUGUCUGCAGGGGGUGCACAUGUGUAUACACCAAUGAGUAAUCUGUACAUAUGUUUUAUUGUGGAGGCAUCUCCACUGAGAACUCUAGUACGGGGACAUGGAUCAAAAAGACACAAAAGCAAAGGAAUGAUUCCUCCAGUAAGGAUUAAGAGAUGGUUGCGAAACACAGUGGAAAAGCUGCCCCUUCUGUUUCAGUAGAUAAAGGGAGGAGCAGAGUCUUUUAACAGCAAAAAAAAACCCUAAACCAACAAACCUUAAUGCCAAAAUACUAUUUAUGGUGCAAUUACUCUCUCCUCAAGGGAAGAUGUUGACUGGGAAAAUUCUAGAUAUGUUGCAAACUAACUGGAACAUGCAGGGAGCCAGUGAAAGAUACUUUUUAGAUAUAACUUCGUUGCUAUAGACAGGAGUUGUUUAUUAGCAAUAAGAUACAAAAGUGUCUUAAACUAAGGCCUGGGGGACAAGGAUUUUUUACGGCUGUUAUGCCAGUGAUUGUUAAGUCUAGAAAUCAGCUCUUUAUAGUAGACUAUAGGUCAAAGAACUUUUUUUUUUAAUUAUUUUCUUUACAGAGGAUGAAUCUCAGAUGGCUUUCGCAAAAAAAAAAAAAAAGAAAAAGAAAAAAAAGAAAAAAAACACGUAAGUUUUAAAAUAGGCUCAGAAGAUGGGCUUUUCUGUAUAUGGAAUAUUGUAGGCUUGGUGUUGUUCAAGUGCUUGUGCCUUUUCUCGUGUUCUCAGUGUCUCAUGCAGUACGUCCAUAAGCAAAUAGUGGAUUUGCAGGUGCAUGUUCCUUUACUGCUAAUAGUCCUCACAUCAACUUGUUCAUGCACAGCUGAGGAGCGCAUACAUGGGGAGGUGUGCACUUGUAAAGGUGUAGAGCAGGGAAAAACUAAAGAAGAUGGAGAUCAGUAUAUGAUGUGAUAGAAGCAUUAUUAUAAUUAGGGAACAGCUGUGAAUCUUUAGAGUAGGUAAGCUCUCAUAGUAUCUGUCCAUGCUCAGGUAUUUUGCCACCUAACUCAUCAUGGAAAUUACUGCUGAAGGACUUCCAACUAUAUUAGAAGUUAUCAUCAAUUCUUGCUUGUUUAGAAGCAGGAACAGUAUCAUCCUGAUUUCAGCUGAAAUCGCUAUGGAGGCAUCCAUAUCUUAAUGCAUGAUCUCUAAGUGUAGCAUAUCAUGACACAUCUGUUUUCUUCAAAGAUUUGCUCGAACAAGUUUGCAAAAUUUACUGAUCUUUUUCCUUACGUCCGUUUUCCUCCUGUGCUUGAGUCUUAGAUGCAAACCCCAGUGAGAGAAGACAAUGUUCGGGUUAUUUAACACACUUUCUUUCCUCAUGCUGUAGUACGAAACUUAGAAAUUCCUUUGUCUAACACCUGGCUAUUCAGAUAACCUCUACAGUUAGAGAAGGAAAUGCAAGUUAAAGAUGGAAAUACUGAAGGAAUUUUAUCAAGUGCGAAGCAGGAACAUUUGUAAAGAUAGCUGUCACAUCUUGCUGCUCAACUGAUCUUACUUCGUCAUUCCCAAGCCCUUGUAUAUGCCCAUAACAACCUAGAAGUAAAUACAUUUUGUUUCUGAGAUCGUUUCUGAAUCACAGAACAGCCAAUAACUGGGGGCGAUGUUGGAUUAGCAAGCAAAGAUCUACCAUCCCACUGCAGUUCUUUAACAGGAUUGCAGUUCCUUUAAAUCAAUUCCCAUUGAUUCUCAAGGGCAGAGACUGCCCUCUGUGUAAUUUGUUUUACUUGAGGGGACAGAUUUUUUUCUGUCUAUUCUUUGAGUUGUCUAUUAUUAACUAGCUAAUGUUUAUUCUAACAAAUGAGCAUCACUGUAUUUUCCUGCAGGUACCAUUCCACGUAUAAGGCUGUCUCAACAGUGGAAGCUGGCUCUGUUCUUCCUCCCAUGCUUGCUUACCUGACUCUUUAAUCAAAUGCUAACUUAACAAUUCUUAUUUCUCAUGUUGUAGAGCCAUGCAAAACACAGUUUGACUUCUGGAUUUGACCCAUGGCAUUAACAAAUGGGAGAGUCAUCUUCUCACUGCAAGCUGAGUGCAUUGGAAAUGGUACCCACUGGGAAGCAAUAAACCAUGCUGAUUUUGUAGUAAUUUUCCAGAGUACAGCUGUGGUUUAAAACUUUGUGCAGCUCUCUGUAAUCUUCUUUUAUUAAAAAAUAAAAAAUAAAAAAAUGAAAAAGGAAAAGAAAACAGAAAAUAAAACCAACUUUAAUUGUUCUUCCUCAGUAAACAUUAUUCUCUUGAAAUUUGUGAUGUGCAAGGAGGAUGUCAGUUAAUUACCAUUAGACAUUCCGAAUGGAUUCCUACAAAAACUAUUUAUAAACCCAGCAGUGAUUAAAAAGAGCAAAUGCUCCAGUUAUUACAGCAUAUACAUAUAUAUACUCAGAUAAGGCUAAUUUGUGCAUGCUUCCACCCUUCAUCUCUUACGAUACACAGAAGUCAAAGUUUGCUUUCAGAUUGACUGGUGAAUUUUAUCUAUUUUGGGGAAAUGAGUACAAAAGUACUCAUAGGCUAUCAGUAAAACUGCUGAGCCUUCAAAGCAAUUUUAUGUGAGGCAAAGGAUCCUAAAAGACAGACUUGAUAUCAGUUGUGCUUACAAAACCUUCUUGAAUGAUCUACAGCUAAGCAAAAAAUCAAACCAAAAGACACUCUUAAAAAGGACUGAGAAAUUCUCCCUAGUGAACAUGUCAAUAAGUUAUACUUACACCAGCACUCUGGACAGGAGCAUUUAUUAUACUGGGAUUUUCUUUGGUUACAGGCAGUUUAUAAUCAUAAAGGGCUUCCCUGAAGGUCCACUGUAGCAAAUGGAUUACUUUCUUUCAAGUUUAAUGGAGCCCAAGAAGCCUCAGGAGUAAGCAUGUGGGCAUUUUGCCUUUAAAUUUCACAAUGCCUCUCUAAGUAAAAUUUACUUUUAAGGAAUCUCUUUAAUAACUAUUUUACAGCUCACUUGAACUUUGCUAUCAAGUGAAACUCUCAGUUAUUUUGUGCACAGUACUGAUUAGGCUAAGUCAAUGAAAAUGUCUGUGGAAAUGUCUCAUGUAAAAAGGCUUUGUACUAAAAAUCAGUCCACUGGAAAUAAUACUAAAGCAUUUCUAGGUCUUCCAAUUCUGUUAGUCACUGGAUGAGGCCAAGAUACCUGGCUGGAUACCAGGAUAAAUUAAAAUAGUUUAAAUUUUCAGACAGCUUAUUAAUAUAUUAAUUAUAUUUUUCUAUUUUAUAUUUUAAAAGUUAUCCUUUAAGCUACACGUUUUGAUGUCAAGAAAAAUCCACAUCUCUCUAUAAGGCCUAAGCCACUGGGCUCCAGGUCAGAAGGGGAAUAGCUGGGCAAGUUGGGGAGGGGAAAUUUUAUCCUAAGCUCAAGCAAGAGCCCUGCUUUCCCUGCCAGCCUGCUAUCCCAGCCCUCCAUGAUACCACCCUGUCAUGCUUCACCACAGAACUCUCCGAAAAUGGAUCUAGGAUUUGGAUCCUGACAAACCUCAUCUCAGUCAUUAGUGCUGGGUCACACAGGAACAGGAUGGAUGCACCUUGAAGGCACAAGGGUAGGAUCAGGCAGGUAGAUCCUCUCUUCUUCCAGUUUCUCCAAUGGCUACCACUGACACAGUUGAACUGCGGAUGGGGAGAGGGACUGCUGCUUCUUGGGGCAGAUGUUGUGAGUUGGGGGAUAUUGUUUGUAGCAUGUCUCUGUGAGAAGGAAAGGCAGCAAAUAAAAGUUAUGAUGCAGUGAAGAGGAUGCCUAUGUAUGUCAAAUACCCACAAUGCCAAAACACUGGAAUAUCAAGCUGGAUGCCUAGGCUCUAAAGGUUAGUGCUAAGAACCCAAGUUUAUGACUUGGUGCAAUGCAGUCCUCUAAGAUGCAGUUUGUAGUUUUCUGUCCUUCGUAAACUGAUAUGCAUAGGGAAGAACAAAGGAUUGCCUUUAUUGUUGUUUCACAUGAAGAUAUUUUUACAUCCAUUUCAAAAGUGUGCCUUUGCAUUUUAUGAAAUAAGGCCCGAAAAAUAAUUCUUUCCCCCUCAAAAUCAGAAAUUUUUUUUCUCAUUAGGUUCACAUAAAUCUACAAAGCCUUGAGCUCUCCGGGAAACUGAGAUUCUCACAGCCCCACUUCUUCCCCCCCUCAAAAAAUCUGAGCAACUGAGCAGGAAUUCAUGACAAACAUCUUGGGGAAAGCUGCAAUACCUCUCCAUGUCAAGAAAUCUCACACUCCAGUUUCCUAGUUUUCCACUUAGUUCUGUGUCAAAAGCAGGAAAAAUUAAAGGCCACAAUGUGCAGGACGUGCAGGUGUAAUUGGCGACUUCCAACAGCUCUGCCACUGCGGUUCAGUGAGGUUCAGCUCACUGUGAACAUCAUCAGUGAUUCCUCAUUUUGGGGUGCCAGAGAUGAAGUUGGUCAAAACCCCCCAUCACUUUUGAAAAUCAUAAUCAAAGUACAGGGAGCUUAGAAAGGUAAAAUUAAGAAAAAGAAAAAAAUUAGUUUCAGGAUUUCCUUGUUUAAUAAAUAAAAAAGAAGGCACUAAUACAUUUUUCUCUUUCAUAAGUUACAUGUAAACCAUACGCACACACUUUGGAAGUACAAACACUAUGUUUUCACAGCCCAUUCCAAAAAAAAAACCUCACUGAAACUAUUUCAGUUUGUGAUGCUCCCUGCUGUGAUUUCUUCAAGCCAGGCGCCUAGUGCAGAAUUCGUGAUACCAAAUUGCACAUACCCAUGUUGUGACCAUCAGCGGUGAGAUCAAACCAUAGGACUCAGAAAAGCAAGCACAUUGCACGUUCAGUAAUGGGAUAUAUUAGGUUGUUGAUACUGAAGUCAGGAACACAUCUCCAAAUUUGUCUGUUUCCUACAAGCAGGCUUUUUUUUCUUUUGUUGAAAGUCAUUCCCAGAGCCUGAAUGCUCUGCACACUUCUUGCAUCUGCACACUCAAGUUGUGCAUUUUGGUAGAGAAAACUGCCUGCUCCUCUUUCUAGGCAGGAAUGGCAGGGAAAGUUGGGUCUGCCUCUGCGCCAGGGGCUGUUAGCUGGAGCUCUGGGGCCAUAAUGUGAGCCCAAAUCCCUGCUCAUCCUUAGUGGACUCAAGCCAACGCUUUCCUGGAGACUGUCCUGUCUGCAAGAGGGGGAUCACCAUCCCUCUCUCCAGAUGAGGAAAGGUCACAGUGAGGGCUGAAAUGUAAUGGCGCUGGGCAUGGGCAGGAAGGCCCAAGAGAAACUGCGACCCUGUGGUCCAAGGUGGAGGCUGACCCUCAAUUUGAAGACUGCCUGGGCUAGAUGUGUACACACAGGCACUUCAGGAACAUCACAUGCGGGAUCCCCACCACAUGGGCACAUCCCACAUUGGAACCAGACACACCCCAGGCAGGCUCCCAGGACAUCUAUCCGAUCAGUCCCUGGGAGACACAGGCACAGUAUCCCUAGCCUUAUGGCACUCAGGUGGCCUUGGUGAAGGAUGGUUGUGUAGAAGUCCACCCAAGCUGAGAUGGGAGCGCAUCUUCAGGCACUCACAGAGUAUUUCUGCCUUCGAGGAACUGCAGUCCCAUAGGUCAGUCAGAUCUUAUAUGAUGCCUGAUAAAAAGUAAAUGACUUCCUAAUACCAUAAAAAAAGCCCGAAGAAAAAUGCACAUGCAAAUAGACUCAAAUACUUGAAAUUCAAAUUCCAAUAGUAUAUUCUGUGUUCAUUCCUAUGUUAUUAUUACUAAACCCAUUUUAUUUUCCGAAAUCAUAAACUUUCCUGCUUUCAGUUGUUGCAUGAUACAAGGUUAAUUCCAAAUGAGCUGACUUUUUACUGUAUAUGUUCCUGUGUUUAGUUUUUUCAGUUAUUUUUCAUAAAUGCAUUUUACAUCUAACUACCUCAGCUGCCUUUUGUUUUGUUUUGGCGCAUAUGAAGUCAUGCACUUUCUAUAUUCGGGGAUUUGGGGGGAGUUCUUUCCAUUUUGAAUAACCAGGUUCAAAGCCAUGUUGAUCAAUUUAUAGAGGAGAUCAAUUUAACAACACAUAAUUAUUGACAGUUGCAGAACAUACAUUUUAUUUUUAGGUUCUGUUGGAGUAUAGUUUAACAAAAAACACCAUAAGCUGCUUAUUAAUUUGCCUUAAAAAAUGUGUGCUCUUUCCUAUUCAAGUUGUGUUAUUUAACUCUUCUCUUGUACACAAUUUAUGUGGCAAAGACUAACGUAACAGUUGGCAGAUAAACAGCAAAAUGAACAGAAUGGACCAAUAGUUUCUCAGUUCUCUGUUGAAAACUGUUGCAUUAUACACUGAUUGUGCUAAAAUAAUUGUUACUGUGCUUAUACUCCUUAGUCACCGUUGCGGAAAUAAAGUGAUGGAAGAUCACAUUUGUGUUUAUGGAACAGUGUAGAUAUCCCCCCAGUACAAGCACAGUGACUUGAGGUGAAUGAUAAUCAUUGCAGAACUUGUGCUUUGACUUGUAAACAUUGUAAAAAUGUAUUUGGUAUUUUAUUUGAAAUGAAGAAUCAAAAUAGUUAUUAAAAAAAAAGAAAUCUUCCUGUAAAUAUAUAUAUUCUGAAUCCAUGUAUACAAACAUUCCUUUAGAGUUCAGGUUGUGAAGAGUGUCUUUAUUGGCUAGAGACCACUGCCCCCCAUGGCAGAGGUUACAUGUGCUAUAGUAAAGAACACAGUGUGUGAAGUAUUUGAUGUACUGCAGUACCAUAGUUCUUUUGGUCUGUUAAGUAAGUUGCAAUUUGUGAUGAAAUGAAGUUGAAAGUAGUGCUUCAUACUAACAAAUUUCCUUGGUUACAACUUGAUUUUUCUUGUAAAACUUAAAAGGAAAACUUGAAAAUUUUAUAUAUUUGGAUUUUGUAGAUUUUUUUUAUUUUAUUGCAACACAAGGUACCAAAAUCAUUAAAUAAAGUACACUGUGGUCAUUU